GAAUGCAGUAAUGGCUCAGUUUCAUCGUAAGUAUACAUCUUUGAAUGUGAGUGCAACUUCAUCUGAAGAAUCUGUUGAGGAAAGAAGCAUUGCACCAUUGCAUGAAAGGAAGAUGGCCAAACCAUCACUGACUAAAGCAUUGUUUAAGGCAUUUGGCAAAGUGUUGUUUGUUGCUGGAUUUUUCAAGUUUUGUCAAGAUGUUCUCUCUUUUGUCAGUCCUCAGCUUCUAAAGCUCAUGAUUCACUUUACUUCUGACAAGACGAUUCCUGUGUGGAGAGGUUACGUUUAUGCUGUGUUGUUAUUUAUUGUUGCGGAGCUGCAGUCAGUAUUGUUACAUCAGUACUUUAUUCGUCAAAACAAACUGGGCAUGCGUCUUAGAACAUCUAUCAUUAGUGCUGUCUUUAGAAAGGUAACAACUCUGUCAUAUUGUUGUAUGUAGUUUUUUUUGUAAAUAAAGAACUGAUGGAUGAUUUGGUUGUUUAUAUUAUCAUGUACUAUAAAAUGACCAAAUUAGCACUUGCUGAUAUUGUUAUUGUUAUGUUUUUUUGUGUACUUAGUAAUAUUGAAUUGU